UUGCCACAUGGUAUACUAUACAAUUUAGCUGAACUGUAUAGUAUUAUUCCCUUUUGUGUCAUGGGCCCCAUUUUUCUUUCAUCUUUUUUCUUUAAAAUUAAAAAAAAAUACAGCUUGUAGAAGAAUUUAAAAAGCCCAAAGGGCACUCCCAUUCAUCAUCUGCUCCAACAAUAUGGAACAACAAAUCAACAUAGAGAGUGGUGCCCAACCAAAUCUCCUCUCCUCCUCCUCCACCACCACCACAUCUGCCUCCACCUCCUCCUCCUCUUCUGAUUCCCAUGAAAACAGGGGAGCAAAUAAGAGAGGUCAUCAUGAUCAAGACAUUGAGAGUGGCAAUGAAGGUAAUAACAAGAAGAAGAAGGACAAUAAUGAGAAACAUCCAACAUUCAGAGGAGUCCGAAUGCGGAGUUGGGGCAAAUGGGUGUCCGAAAUCCGAGAGCCUCGCAAGAAAUCAAGAAUAUGGCUCGGAACAUAUCCAACGGCUGAAAUGGCGGCUCGAGCCCACGACGUGGCCGCUCUAGCCAUUAAAGGCCACUCGGCUUACCUCAACUUCCCCGAGCUGGCUCAAGAGCUUCCACGUCCCGCCACCAGCUCUCCCAAGGACAUCCAAGCCGCCGCUGCUAAGGCUGCUGCGGGGGAGGCUGUCAAGAGUCGUGAAAAUGAGACCAAAGCCGAGUUAAGCCGAGAUACUACUUCGCAGGAAUCUGCAAGCUCUCCUUCCGUUGAUGGUGAUGACGCAUUGUUUGACCUUCCAGAUCUAUUCAUCGACGGUUGUGAUCGAGGCGAUGGGUUGUGCUAUUCGUCUGCUGCGUGGCAGUUGUGUGGAGCCGAUUAUGGGUUCCGGGUUGAGGAGCCCUUCUUGUGGGAAUAUUAAUUGGAUGCUCAAUUACAGGCCGUCUGAUUCUCCAACAUAUUUGAUCACAUGGAGGACGACCAAGAUUGGAAUCUGAAUGCUUCAUAUAUAUAUCAUCAUAUCGCCAAUUGCUUGGAGUAAAUGGAGGAAGACAAACAUUGAGAUUUAUUUCUUUGCUUGCUUGGUUGGUAACAUGCAUGGAAAUGACAGAAAAGGGCUUGCAAUAUUACUUCAAUGUGAUAUAUUAUUAUACUCCCAAUAAUGUUACUCAUCAUACAUAUACAUAUACAUAUAUAUUUUGUAUCAUAAAUUACUUUUUGUCCCUUUAAUUUCUUUUGGUUCUUCCUUGCAAUAGUGUGUCAUUGUUUUUAGUUCGAUUA